AUGGACGUCCUCCGUGCCAAUACAGAUCAACAUUUCUUCAUGCAGCAGCCUUACGGAGUUCUGAUGGGAGCUCAGAUGGUAAAUCUGUCUUUUUCAAGAGAAAAACGCUUCAGCCGUCUUUCAGCUUGGUUCAAAUGUUUUGCAAAGCUUUUGAAUUUAUUCAAUUCAUGAAAAAAAGUGAGCGAUGUCAUGAAAGACAGAUUAGGAGUUUUCAGACCAAAGGAAGACGAACUUCCAUGAAAUAACCAUCCAUUCUAUGAAUCUGUAACCUUACUUUCUCGGGUUUAUCAUAGUCAGAAAGGAAAAGACGAGUACGUUUUAGAUGAAAACCUAUUUAAAAGGAAUCCAACUCACAGAUGGAGAAAGGCUAAAAUAGAACAGAGGAAAUGUGGCUUAGCGAACCAAAUUGGACCAACCAUGAAGGAUUUUUCAACCAUUUCUCCCUUCCUUUUCCACUCUAACAUUUUUUUUCCGCUCAGAUCCUGUCGCUUGUCAUUUUGAUACUUUUCUUCUUCGCCCCUUUUCUCUACGAAGGUUGGUAGGUCUGUGCGAUGCCCCGUCUGAAAAGCCACUUAAGGGACCUCACUCGCGAUUCUUGUUUCCUCCGUACUUCUGUUGUACAGCAUCGUGCAGAACGUGCUUCACGUCUUCGGAAUCCAAAGACGCGCCGUCAAUCUUCUUGGCCGCCAGUUGUAUUUUCCUCCAGCGUUCGUGGUAGGAUCUUAACUUUUUAGGGAAACUGAUCAGCUGAUUAAUGUCUUUUUUCUCAACAUUUUUGUGAGCAUGAGAAAGAUUGCAGUUAAGAAAGUGGAAAAAAUGUUCAAAACUCUCAAAUCUACAUCCAUUCUAUUUUCUCUUUCAAGUAUUGUCUGUAAUCGUAACAUAAAGCAAGUAGAAUAAUUCUUUUCGUGUGUUUCGAAACUUUCGAAAUAGCCGAUUCACAAAUGAUAGGUAUUUGUAGACAGGUAUUUUAUCGCCUAAAACAGCUCCUCACAUUUUUGCUCCGUACAUUAACAUGUUUUUCUUACUUAUUCUUCAUUUAGAAACCACAUUCUUGGAGGAAAAAUGAAUGAUUAGGGGGAAUAAAGAUUCCGUGUCCAGAGCAAUCUCCGACAAAUGCAAAGUUAUCUCUGACUCUCUACAAUUCAAUUAUUUCUUUCACUCUUUGACGUCUAUUUUGACUUUUGCAGGAUCCCUUUGAAAAAGUCAUUAUUUCCGAAUAAGUUGCUUGUCUGUCAGUCCUAAAAAACUGAUCCUUAAAUCUGCGACAAGAAAAUUCAAGGUUUUCGUCUUCGCGGCGUUUGGAGCCGUCGGCAUGGCGAUCUCGUCGCUGAUCGUCUUCAUCGGAUUUAUCGACUCGCUGCGGUUCAAAGUCACGUUGAUAAUUGUCUACGCAUUGCUUUCGGUUUGAUCGUCUUGUUGUAGAUGAUCAUCUUUCAGUUUCCAGCUCUCUUGUGCCGCCCUGACCGCCGUUUGCACGCGCAUCCUCAUGUUGAUGUUCCGCGCCGCCCCCAAUGGAAAGGUUUAUUUUGCAGUGUUUCUUUUCAAUAACUUGGGUUCAUUUACGUGGGAAAAAAAAGUCACUUCCAUGAUAUUCUUACUCACAAAAGUGUACAGUUGGAGUCCAAGGCCCAUUUUCGGCGCAAAUUAUUUAUACAUAGCUGAAAAUUUUCGAAGAUGAUUCGAUUGAUUUUUUGAGUCACCAACGGUAAUAGGCUUUUCUUUUUCACAUACUUUCGUUCCAAAAGUGUAUGAGAUUAUUUGAAAAAAAUGCUGGAAGCUAGAAUGACUAGGUGGUAAAAUAUUAUUUUUAUAUGGACUUUCAAUGGAGCUUAAAAGAAAACUUCAAAAUGCGGUUGCAGGUUCUGGGCUUGAUGGGCGUGGUUCUUGAAGGAGAUCGAGCGAUCAGGUUGGAUUAUUAUCUUUCUAAAAAAGUGGUAUAGAAACCAAGAUACUUAACAUACUCAUAUUUUCAUAAUGAAAGUAGAAUAAACGGAAUGAACGGUUUAUUAAGAAAAACCUUCUCUCUUUUUUUAUUCACAUCAAAAGUUUGUAGAGUAAACGGACCCGGCGGACCCAGCCAAGCGGCUCAACAAUUUCCCGUAAAUCCUGUCUAA